AUGUCCAAAUCUGUCCUUAUCACAGAUUGUAGCGAGGGUUUGCGGGUCUAUGCGACAGCUCGAUCCAAGUCGAAGAUGGCCCACCUCGACAACUUGACUAAUGUAAAAGUUCUGGAACUGGACGACUCCGAAACGCCUGACAUCCUGGUCAAUAAUGCCGGUCAAUCAAUGGUGUGCCCAGCACUGGACACGAGCAUCGACGAUGCGAAAACACUCUUCGGAGCCACACAGGCCUUCGCCCCUUUGGUAAUCGCCGCGAAAGGCACGAUCGUCAACGUCUGCUCCAUCCCCGGACUCCUGUAUGCGCCAUGGAAGGCGUUCAACGUUAAGGUACUAUCACUGGUUACUGGUUCUGUGGCAAUUAAUGUUAUGUCUCUCGACAAUAUCCACUUGCCUGCAAACUCGCUCUACAAGAAGUCGAUCCACCAGAUCCAGAAGCGUGAUGUUGGAGAGGACGCAGUGGCGAAUGAUGUCCUGAGCGGUGCGACCGGCCCUGUGUGGCGCGGUGCAAUGGCCUCGAUGGAUCGUAUAAUGAAGAGCGGGACAGAUCUCAAUCAAUUGCCUUGA